AUGCGUGGCCGACAAGGCCGGAGCCGCAGUCCGCUGCUAGACCAGGACAAUCGCACAAAAUGGAUCUCGAGGACGAUAGCUCGUUUUGGCCGCUACAACCAACCCCAUGGCCUUCGUGUCUGCAGCCAGGGCUCCUUCUCCUUGACAAACUUGAUGGAGAGCUGGGGUCAUCGCGAAGGGGUGUCGCGGCAAGAAGUCCUACAUGCCGUGAGGGUGCACAUGUUUCACGAGGAUGGUAUGCAACUACGCUUUGAAAUUAAGCAGAAGCGCGAUGACACCAUCAUCCGCGUCAUGCCUAAGCGAGGAUUGUUUGCAGAGCACAGGUCUGAAGGGGGGCGAGACUGGAAUUGGCAUUCCCGGGAAGAUGACUGUCGUCAGGGACCUGAAACGCCCAGAAACGCUGUACAGGAUUCUACGGGCGGUACGGGCCAUGGAGCAGCCAGCAGCUCCACUGAGGCUUACGCCAGGGCUUCGAUGCGGCCAAUACCUAAGAAGGCACCCCUCCCACCACCUCCUUCCUACAAAGCACCCGAGCCCCGGAGCAGCCAAGCGGGACCCAAUCCUGCGAGAGUAAUUCCUGCUAGAGUGCCGGUGAAAGUCGAGGAGCCAGACUUUGACCCAGAGCCGGAGACUGAUGAGCCUGAUCAGAAGGCUCCAGAUCCUCCUCCUGGGGAGCAUUGGGAAGAGUUCGAAGACGACGGAAAGCCUUGGUUUUAUUAUUCUGGCCCAAAAGGCCAUUGGUGCUGCCAAGGGCCUGGCCAGCCAGUGCUGCCAUAUGAGAUGCCGACCAUGGAAUGA